AUGGAUUCCUCUUUAUCCGGCGUGAUGAAUCGCAGAGCCCAAAAGAUUAAGGGGACGAUGUUCUCACCAAACUUUGAUCCUUACUCGUUUGUGAGCCCUUCUGCGUACGACACUGCAUGGUUAGCUAUGAUCCCUGAUUCUUUUUCUGAUGAAUCUGAUGAUCAAAGUUCGAAGCCCAAGUUCAGGAAUUGCUUGAACUGGCUGAUGAACAAUCAGAAAGAACAAGGGUUCUGGGGAGACUGUGAUGCAUUUGGCAACCCCACCAUUGAAGCCCUUCCUGCAACUCUUUCUUCCAUUGUUGCCCUCAAAAUGUGGAAUUCUGGACCGCUGCUUGUAGAUAAAGGCUUGUCAUUUAUUGAAGCAAAUGCUGAGAAACUACUGAAGGACGUGAAAAGCUAUUGUCCUCAUUGGUUUGCCAUUGUUCUACCUGCCAUGCUUGAGCUUGCAGAGACAAAUGGUUUACAUGACGUCCUCCCAGAAUCAGUGAACGAGACAAUAUCGUACAUCUUUAGCUGUCGGCAAAAGUUUAUUAACAAGGAGAGGCUUGUGGGACACCAUUUCCCUCCACUGUUGUUAUAUCUUGAAGCUUUGCCUCCGUCAUUUGCCAUAAGCACAGAAGAGAUAUCAAAAAACUUGAGUGUUGAUGGAUCAUUAUUCCAAUCACCUUCUGCUACAGCAAAAGCAUUUAUAGUUACAGGAAAGAAAGAGUGCCUCGUUUACUUGCAGUCUUUAGCUCAAAGAUGCCCCAAUGGAGUUCCACAAACAUUUCCCAUGGAUGAGGACCUCAUAAAGCUGUGCAUGGUGAAUCAGAUAGAGAAGUUAGGCUUGGCUCAGUAUUUUGUAGACGAGAUCAAAGAGACCUUGGCUCAAAUUAACAAGAAUUUCGUAGAUCCAGAAUCGUGGGUGAGAUCACACAAUAUGAUUGCAUCACAACUUCACAAAGACUCUCUGGCAUUUCAGCUUCUUCGGAUGCACGGAUAUAAAGUAUCGCCAUUAAGCUUUUGCUGGUUUUUACAUAACAAAGAGAUCCGAGGUCAUGUAGAGAAACAUCCUGAGUAUUUCACAUUUGCGAUGAUAAGUGUGUACAGAGCCACAGACGUUAUCUUCUGUGGAGAGGAUCAACUUGAGGAAGCAAGGUCCUUUGCUUGGAAACAGCUUGAGAAAAUGACUUCCGCUGAUAGAGACCACCGGCCACAGAUUGAGCACGAGUUGAAUCUUCCAUGGCUUGCUCGCCUGGAUCAUUUGGAACAUCGAAAGUUUAUAGAAGAGAAUGAAGCCAAUGCUCUGUGGAAAGGAAAGGCCUCAUAUAAUAGAAUGUCAUGCGUUUGCAGCGACGAACUGCUACAACUUGCUGCGCAAGACUUUGAGUUCAGGCAAUCGCUGUUCAAAAAUGAGUUGGAGGAGCUGAAAAGGUGGUCUGAAGACUUUGGCUUGAGAAGUAUGGGAUUUGGCAGAGAGAAAACCAUAUACUGUUACUUCGCUGUUGCUGCAGCCACCGCAUCGUCUCUACCCCAUGAUUCUUGGGUCAGAAUGUUAGUUGCAAAAAGUGCCAUCAUCGUCACUGUAGCUGAUGAUUUCUUUGACAUGGAAGCUUCUCUUCCUGAACUCGAAUACCUCGUAGAUGCAAUAGGAAGAUGGGAUAGUGGGGGCUUAAGCAGCCACAGCAAGGUAAUAUUCGAAGCUCUUGAUGAUCUUAUGAGUGAAGCUGCUCAAAGAUAUCGUCAACAAGAAGGAUCUGAUAUAACUAGUAAUCUCCGACAGAUAUGGUGCGAAACAUUUAGUUCGUGGCUGGAGGAAGCAAAGUGGAGCAGAAACGGACAGACACCCUCCAUUGAUGAUUAUAUUAAGACUGGCAUGAUCUCCAUUGCCGUACACACCAUUGUUCUUCCAGCAGCUUUGUGCUUUCUGAAGCCCAAUUUACCUAUUGACAAGCUCAGGCCACCCAAUUACGAAACCAUAACAAAAUUGCUUAUGGUUAUUUGUCGUUUUUUGAAUGAUUUACAAAGCUACCAGAAGGAAAAGAUGGAGGGGAAAGUGAACUCUGUUCUGAUAAACUUGAUCGAGAAUCCUGAAGUGGAUAUAGAAGAUUCAAUAGCUUUUGUGAGAGAGAUAAUAGGGAAAAAGAAGAAAGAGUUCAUGGAGUAUGUUCUAAUGGAUGAAAUGUGUGAUUGGCCUAAGCCUCUCAAGCAAUUUCAUCUGUCAUGCUUGAAAGCCUUUCAGAUGUUCUUCAACUCGAGCAAUAGUUAUGACUCAAACACAGACCUGCUGGAAGAUAUUGAUAAAGCAAUCUAUCUUCCUUUGAGCAGAAAUUCGUUGAAGAAGCACAUCAACGUUGAAACUGUUCAUUCGGGGCUAAACAAGAAAUAUGCAACAAUAAAGUUAAACUCCAACCUCAAAUGGCGUCGUAGAUCCAAGUGCUUAAGAGUUGUUGCUAACCAAGUUCCUCAGUAUACCUUCAGAAAUGGAAUAUUUGGGAUGGCACCAAAACUGGUGGGAGGCUUCAUAUAG